AUGGGUCCAGAUCUGCCUGUCACGGAGGGCCUUGACCCAUCCCAGCUCGGCAAUCCAAACGACAAUGGCAAGUCAGUAACAGAUACUACAAUCCAAGAGUUACAGAAAGUCCAAAUCGCCCACCAGUGGGAUCCAAAUUUGCCACAGGAGAAAAUCGAUGCUAUCAACGAGGCAGUCAAGACAGGUGAUCAGGAAAAGGCUGCCGAGAUAGAAAAGGCUCUUGCCCAAGAUUCUCAGUAUGACUUUGUUCGUGCUGCGGUGCGUCCUACAGAUGGUGAGGAAGUUGCAAACACCGUGCGUGCUUGGGUGCUGGGCAUGAUUUUCACUACUAUUGGAAGUGGACUUAAUAUGUUUUUGAGUAUGAGGAGUCCUGCCAUCUCGUUCCCGGCCAUCGUCAUACAGUUGCUGGUCUAUCCGAUUGGUUGUUUGUGGGCCAAGACAAUGCCUACUCGGAAGUUCAAUACAUUCGGACUGAAAUGGACAUUGAAUACUGGUCCUUUCACUAUCAAAGAGCAUGCAGUUGUCACAAUCAUGGCAAAUGUGUCGAUCGGUUAUGCUUAUUGUACAGAUGCCCUCUUGGCAUUGGAAGCAAAGCCGCUCUACAAUAUGAGACUUGGAUGGGGAUUCCAACUUUUGUUUGCUCUGAGCAGUCAGGUAGUUGGUAUGUCACUGGCAGGCAUCUUCCGCCGCUUCCUCGUCUGGCCCGCUGCUAUGAUGUGGCCGGGCCAAUUUGCGAACACUUCCUUGUUUUAUGCUCUCCACGACUGGAGCUCCGCAGAUGGAUCAGAGACUAACGGAUGGACCAUCUCGCGGUACCGGUAUUUCGUAUAUGUGACAAUUGGGUCUUUUGUCUGGUAUUGGGUACCAGGCGUCCUAUGGCAAGGACUCUCUGUUUUUGCUUUUGUCACCUGGAUCCGACCCAACAAUGUGGUUUUGAACCAGCUGUUUGGAGGCUUUACCGGGCUAUCCCUCAUUCCUAUCACAUUUGACUGGACCUAUGUUUCUGCAUAUCUCCUAGAUCCACUUUUGGCACCUGUCCAUGCUAUUGUCAACACCUUGGUCGGGCUUAUCAUUUUUGUGAUCAUCACCACCAUCGGGAUCUCUUACUCUGGGGCUUUGUACUCCGACUAUCUCCCUAUCAAUACGUCCAGUACCUUUGACAACACGCAAAAUUACUAUAAUGUAUCCAGAAUUUUAGGUACUGGUUUCUCUUUUGAUAGCGAGAAGUACAAAGCAUAUUCACCUAUGUUCCUGGCUCCAACCUUUGCCUUGAACUACGGACUGUCGUUUGCCGCCCUUACAGCAUCUAUUGUACAGGUGCUUCUCUUCCACCGAAAGGAGAUCUGGCAUCAGUUCAGGACAUCUCGAGAUCAGGAACCUGAUAUUCAUCUUACUUUGAUGAAGAAGUACAAAGAAGCACCUGACUGGUGGUAUGCAGCCCUAUUCAUAUUCUCGAUGGCGUUAGGGCUUGCAGGCAUUCUGGCAUAUGAUUCACAGCUUCCUUGGUGGGCCUUUUUCGUCUCGAUCAUCCUCGCCGUGGUCUUUAUUAUUCCGACUUGCUUGGUUCUUGGUAUUACCAAUAUUAUGCUUUCGCUCAAUGUUAUAUCGCCGUUCCUAGCAGGUUUCAUGAUUCCAGGAAAGCCAAUUGGGGUCAUGAUAUUCAAAGUCUUCAGUACCAUCACCUUGGGACAAGCUCAGGUAUACUGUGGGGAUCUCAAACUAGCUCAUUAUAUGAAAGUGCCACCCCGCGUCACCUUCAUGUGUCAAGUUGUUGCCACAUUAUGGGCAAGUAUUGUUCAAAUUGCAGUCAUGAAUUGGACUUUAGGCAACAUUGAUGAAGUUUGCACGACUACUCAGUCAGCACACUUCACGUGCCCGAACGGAAGAGCAUUCUUUUCCUCCAGCAUUGUGUGGGGUGUCAUUGGCCCACAACGCAUGUUUGGACCAGGUGGCAUGUACGUGCAAUUCCAAUGGUUCUGGCUGCUCGGCGCUCUUCUACCGGUGGCAUUUUAUGUCAUGAUAAGAUUGUUCCCUCGGUCUAAGCUCAGGUUCCUAAAUGCACCUGUGAUGCUCGGUGCUAUGGCUUGGUUGCCUCCGGCCACACCAUUGAGUUUCUUCUCAUGGGCUAUCUUUGGCCUCAUCUUUAACUACUGGAUUCGACGCCGGUGGGGCGGUUGGUGGCAUACUUACAACUAUAUCACAGCUGCAGGACUUGACUCAGGCCUCAUUCUGUCCACCAUUAUUAUUUUCUUCGCGAUUACUCUGCCGAAUGUUACGAUACCCCAGUGGUGGGGAAAUGUGGAUGUAUAUGAGACUACGGACGCUCUUUAUUCUGCAGUUCGAAAGACUGUCGCAGAUGGAGAGAUAUUUGGACCAGAGAAGUGGUGA